AGCGCUUACCAUGUCCAUGGUCUUCUCGGCUGUUUGCAAGAGAUCCUUGUCCCCUCGACAUGCUCAGGCUUGUAUUGCAGUAGCGUCUAGGGUACUAAACGUAUCAGCGCAAGCGCGCUAUUCGAAUGUUCAUCAGCUCCCUCCAAAUGGUCCCAUUGGAGUUGAAGCUGCGCUUCGCGCUGCAUCCGAUCCGUCCUUCAAACCCAGACCCACUCUAUUAGAGAAGGAGUUCUCGCUUGCUGAUCGUGUUGCAGUUGUCACUGGCGGCCAGCGAGGCUUGGGUCUCGAGAUGGCUGAGGCACUUGCAGAGGCAGGAGCAGCAGUAUACUGUCUCGAUCUCCCUGUUGAGCCCGAUAAAUCUUUCGGGGCAACCAAGGCGUAUGUGUCAAAACUUGGGCUGGCAGGUGAUCCCAGGCUUGAAUACGUCUCGGUGGACGUGACCAACCAGAAGGCGAUCUGGGAUGUCGUUGAGAAGAUCGCAGUUAAGGAGGGGCGUCUGGAUGUAUGUGUAGCCGCUGCCGGCAUCUUGCGCGGCGAAGAAUGCUUGGAUUAUCCAGCGGAAGAAUUCAAGAAGUUGAUGGAUGUGAACGUAAACGGAGUUUUGUAUUCCGCUCAAGCAGCAGGCCGUCAGAUGACAAAGUUCGGUACUCCGGGAAGCAUAGUUUUGAUCGCUUCUAUGAGUGGAAGUGUUACCAACAAGGGGCAGCACUGGGUUGCCUACAAUACAAGCAAGUCAGCCGUAAUACAGAUGGGCCGAAGCAUGGCCUGUGAGCUGGGACCAAGGAAUAUUAGAGUGAAUUCGCUUUCCCCCGGCUAUAUCUAUACUGCUCUUACGGCCGCAUUUCUUGAUAAGCAACCGCACCUAUUUAAAGAAUGGUCCUCUCAGAAUCCUCUCGGCAGGCUUGGAAGGCCAGACGAAUUGCGUGGAGUCAUAACCUGGCUGGCGUCUGACGCGUCAAGUUUCUGUACAGGAUCAGACAUUCUGGUUAGUGGCGGACAUCAUGCAUGGUGACGUUGAUGCAACAUGACUGUUGUUCGGUUCUCAUUUUGUGGAGUAGUAUGCACACAUGUAUUAAUAAGUGCCGCAAUGUCGAGCACCUUUUUAAUUGAUCUUAAGCUGUCUCGGACAUUCAUCUUAGACUUUCC